AAGAUAGGGGAGAUCGAAAAAACGUGGCUGUGGUUUACGGGAUCCGCCAUUGUUAUUCAAGCUCCCUAAUCCAAAAAUGGCGAUGGCUUCCUUGUCGCUCAAUUCUUUACCUAUGCAACCACCUUCUCAACAUUCUCGCAAGCUAAUUGACGUUCCAUCAUCAGCUUCUCUUAGCUACGGCAGCGGCGCCGGUACCUUAAAACCCAUUGUCAUUUCCGGAAACCCUCCGACGUUCGUAUCCGCUCCCGGUCGCCGCAUCGUUGCCAUUGGGGAUUUGCACGGGGACCUCGCCAAAGCAAGAUGUGCCCUUGAGUUGGCUGGUGUCUUGAGUUCAGAUGGUCGAGACACGUGGACUGGCCAAGAAACGGUCUUGGUUCAGCUUGGAGAUAUUCUCGACAGGGGUGAAGAUGAAAUUGCUAUAUUAUCUUUAUUGAGAUCACUGCAAAUCCAGGCUAAAGAGCAUGGUGGGGCUGUUUUUCAGGUGAAUGGAAAUCAUGAAACCAUGAAUGUUGAAGGGGAUUUUAGAUAUGUCGAUUCUGGCGCAUUUGAUGAGUGUUCAGACUUCCUAGAAUACUUGGAUGAUUGUGGACAUAACUGGGAAGAUGCUUUUUCAAGUUGGGCUGAAGUAUCUGGAAGUUGGAAAGGUGAACGUAAAAUGUCAGAGAGUUCUUGGGGACCGUGGAACCUGGUAAAGCGGCAAAAGGGAGUAAUUGCAAGGUCGGUCCUUUUAAGACCUGGGGGUCCGUUGGCAUCUGAAUUGGCGCGACAUCCUGUUGUUCUUAAAGUUGACGAUUGGGUCUUCUGUCAUGGCGGACUUCUUCCCCACCAUGUUACCUAUGGCAUAGAGAAGAUAAACAAAGAGGUAUCUAAGUGGAUGACGAACGUUGACGAAGCUGACAACGAGUCACAAAUACCUUUCAUAGCUACUAGAGGAUACGAUAGCGUUGUGUGGAAUCGUCUUUACUCUAGAGAUACCUCUGAUUUAGAAGACUAUCACAUUGAACAGAUUCAAUCUAUUCUCGACAGUACUCUUCAAGUAGUUGGCGCAAAAGCAAUGGUGGUGGGACAUACUCCACAAACUACAGGAGUGAAUUGUAAAUAUAACUGUAGCAUUUGGCGCGUUGAUGUGGGGAUGUCUAGUGGAGUUCAUGAUUCAAGGCCUGAGGUUCUAGAAAUAAGAGGCGAUAAAACGAGGGUAAUAAGGAGCGAAUCAGACACAUUCAGUGAACUUCAGGCUGCUGAUUUUCUGUAAAUAACCGCAAGGGCAAUCUCUUGAAGUUGAAACCAUAAUAUGAUCUUGGUCCUCUAAGGCAAGGCGCCCAGGCCACGGGCGAUUUGAGUAUUCAUUGGGCUUGGAAGUCAUGGCACAAAAGUUGGUAUAUCUUAGAAUAGAAUGCAAAGCCACUUGCAAUAAAAUUUUAGUGUUUAUAUUGGGGGUCUAUGUAUAUAAACCAUAUGGUUAUUUAUUAUGUCUUUCACUGAAAUGUUCUAACAGAGAGGGGGUGGAGUUUCAGAAUAAUAGGCUCUUAUGGAAUAAAACUUGUUUGGUUGAUUUACAAACAAAUAUUUUAGUGUUUUUC